UCACACCCAUUUACGGACGUUAGUGACAUUUCCCCUCACUCUUUGUUUUGACUUAAUGACACAAUAAAGGCUCGAGUCGGGUUCGGUGGUUGGAGGCGUUCAAGUUUGAAGCGUGGCUGCGUUGGUGGUGUGUUAAGUAGGUAGUGUUGUCUUUUUUUUUUUUUCUUUUUUUCUUUUUUUUUUUAAAACUUCAUCCUGCAAGGAGGCAAUGAGUGUGAACCUGCCGGACUUGGGACCGAAAACGAGGGAAGAAGGCAAUGCUGCAAUGUGCAAUGGAAAAGCAUCUUCAGCUUGCUCUCUGCCAGCAAUCUUCACCGGGCAAAACAAGUACCAUGCACACAAAACCUUAGAGGACAUGCUGGUUCCAUACAGGAGUGGAGAUUACCGGCUGAAGUUCCCUGCGAUCAGCGAGGAACCAAAGACUUAUGAACUGACAAAAAACCUCAAAAUUAAAAAUCUAAAGAGACAAAACGGUGACCUACAGCUGGAGCUGGUGGUAGUCAAGACGCAGUCCAAAGUGAUGAAAAAUGUCCUCCAUCGACACACGGUGGCAGUGCAGGAAUACCAACGAUUAGAAGGCAAUUUAUCUCAGAUACAAGAUCAGCACAUCAACGAGGUCAAGGGCAUGCGAAACUUGCUCAGGAAGACGCGCUCCAGCUGUGACGUGCUGGCAAAGAAGCUGCAGGACUCCGAGAAGGAGUUGUUGGACUCAAAAGACAAGAUCCUGCAGCUCGAAUUGCAGAUCCUACAUAAUCCCUCCAUGCUGGAAAAGGAAGAGCUCAGUUGCAGGUUGGAUGAGGCUACCAUAGAUCUGAAGGAGAAAAACAAGCGGAUAUGGGAAUUAGAGAGGAAUAACAAGUUGCUUCAAAGCACACUCCAUCGCCACAUAGCAGAAGAGCAAAAAAAGCUGUCCAAGACCAACGAUGUGUUCUACUGUCUGCAAGCACGAGUUUAUGAGUUAACCAAAGAAAUUCAAGAACGACAGAAAGAACUGGAUCACCACAACCUACCUGCUCUCAGAUUCCAACAUUUGGCAUACAAAAAAGAAACAUUUGACAAGAUGGUCCAGACUGAUGAAAUAGUCUCUACACCCAGUGAGGAUGGGAGUCCGGUCAAGUCGGAUUCUUCCGAGCCUGACGAUGAGUUGCAAAAAUGGCUGAGAUCAACCAGCACAGAUAAUGUACCAAUGGGGUCGUUAGCAGUUAAAUACCUUAAGAGGAAUGUGGAGCAAAGGGAGAAAUUUACAGACUUUAAGGAAAUCCCUGAUCGCCAAAUGGCAGGAGACUGCGGUGAAAGAAACAAGGUAACAGAGGCUUCACAGGAGCCUGUAGACGAGGACCAGGAUCAGGAUUGGACGCAACAAUGUCCAGGCUCAUGCAUAUUUGCUCACACUAUCGUCACAACACCACCUCAACAAAAAGGACACAAACACAUCCAAUUUCGCCGUAAGUACGCGUUCACACCAGUGACUAAAAAUCUGCAUUUGGGGAAACCAGCCUACAGCGGUUUGGACCAGAGGUCACUUGACAGUCAGACUCUUAGACACUCACCAAGUUGGAAAUCAGUCAUCAAUACAGAAGAAGAAGAAGCCCCUCAAUAUGACUGCCCGGCUACCCAAAUGGAGCUAGGUCCUUUUACCUCAAAUCAUGAUGACAAUUUUGAGUCUCCCAGUGGUUCACACACAUGGAGUUGAUAUUUCUACAUGUUGAACAGUGUUGCGAAGUCUCCUCAUUCAGCAAAGUCGUAAUUGGCUCUCUUAAAUGUAGCUAGAAGUUGUUGUGACCUUCAUUUACAUAUUUGUUUGCAUUUGGAUUUGUUAAAAUCCAAAUAAUUUUGAUACUUGUAAGAGCAGACUGUUCUGUCGCGUUCCAGCAUAACUUUAUAAAACAUGUUGGCAUGACAACUAAACACAUGUAGUAGGGUGGGACAGAACAUAAAUCAUAAUUUCCCGAAAUGUUUUUGUACAACUGCCUCAAAAGUAAAAUAAAACUUCAAUCCCUCAUCAUUUGUUACAUCUUGUGCAAUGUCAGCUAACAACUUGAGACUUCAGGUCAGUUAGCAUACAAUAUUUAGUUUUUUUUGUGACACUACCACAGAAGGAUAACAAUGAUUGUAAAGAGGGGAAGUAUGACAAUCAUAGAACUCAAAAUGAAACUUAUUGCAACCAAGAAGGUUUCUGGUUCCUCAGUACAAUAUUAGGAACACAAGCAUCGAUAUCUUGCCCAAAAUAAUGUUACCAAGUCGAUGCUGUGCCAAUAUACAAUUACAAUACAAAACAUACUGGUCUGAUUCUGGUGGUACACAAUGGUUAGCAUUUAUGGCAAUGCUUUGCAAGUAACUUCCGCUUCCCGAUUAUGUGUCCGUCAGGUGUUUUUAAAGGGUGAGAUAUUUUACUUUAUUUUAGUUUUCAGUCUACAAUGCUUAAAUUGCUGUUACUUUUGAAUGCUUACAUUUUUGGAGCCUCCAUGAAACAUACAGUAUCGCUAAGGGCCCCCCACUCUUACAUAAAUGAAUAGGCGAGGCGGAGCGAGGCAUGCCGUUGAAACUCUUAUUAUUAGGAUUUAUUUAACCAAUAACCAAUUUAUUAUUUAUUAUAAUGUGUAGGUCAUAGUACAUUUUUUUGGUUCAUCCUGAAAUGUCACCCAAAAGUCCAAUAUUACUAACUUCUUGUAAGCAGUACAU